UUUGGGCCUCUGUGGGUUGUAGGUUAUGUAUGGGUUAUAUUAUGGGUCUCUGCAGCUGAGAUGUGUUGACAGCAAAGGGGCUCAGCCAGUACAGGUGGGUAGACUGCAGUGCUUGGCAGUGCUGGGUGCCAUCUCCUUGUGCUCUGAGGCUCAACAGGAUGGCUGGGAACCCCCAGUGCUCCCCAGUGCUCCCAGCUCUCCCCAUCCCACUGCUGGCCCUGCAGGCACCAUGAGCACAGCUGAGGAUGCAGCGUGGCUGCGCUGGGUGACGGAGCGGUUUCAGAGCAUCGCAGGGCAGGAUGAGGAGAUCAGCCUGGAGGAGUUCAAGGCGGCCCUACAGGUACAGGAGCCCUUCUUUGCUGAGCGUUUCUUUGCUCUGUUUGACGUGGAUGGCAGCGGUACCAUCAGCCUGGGGGAGCUGCACAGCGCCCUGACACUGCUGCUGCACGGCACCGCUGCUGACAAGCUGCGCUUCCUCUUCCAGGUCUACGAUGUGGAUGGCAGUGGCUCCAUUGAUGUGGCUGAGCUGCUCCUGGUGCUGCAGGCCUGUCUGCGUGAGAGCAAGAUCUCGCUGCCACCGCAGCGCCUGCACGACAUGGCCAGGGUGCUGCUGGAGGCGGCCGACAAGGAUGGCAACGGCUCCAUCACCUUCCAGGAGCUGCAGCAGCAGCUGGAGGCCUUCCCAGGGCUGAUGGAGAGCCUGACCAUCAGUGCUGCCAGUUGGCUGAAGCCCCCAACGCCGACACGGCGGAGCCGGCGGCCGCGCUGCCUGACUUCGUGGUACUGGCACAACCACCGCGGCCAGCUCGCCUUCCUGGGGGGCUACAUCAGCUUCAACCUGCUGCUUUUCACCCUGGCUGCCUUGCAGCACGUUGGCCGCAGCGGGUGGGUGGCAGUAGCCAGGGGCUGCGGGCAGUGCCUCAACUUCAACUGCGCCUUCAUCGCCGUGAGUGCGGGCUCUGGGACGUGGGGAGGGGGGCGUCCCUGCAGCCCCCGACCCGUUCCUGCCCCUCAGGUCCCGAUGUUGCGGCGGUGCCUGACCCGGCUCCGUGCCACCCCGUUGGGCAGAGCGCUGCCGCUGGAGCACGGCGUGGCCCUGCACCGGCUGCUGGGGAGCGCGGUGCUGGCGCUGGCCGUGCUGCACAGCGGGGCGCAUGUGGCCAACCUCGGCAGGUUGGCGUGCAGUGGGCACGGUGCCCUCUCCGAGUUCCUGCUGAUGGCUCGUCCUGGUGGUGGGGGGCUCGGCGGCACAGCCCCACAGACCGGGCUGGCCCUGCAGGUGCUGCUGUUUGCCAUGAUCAUCUUCUCCAGCCCCUGCGUCCGCCGUGGUGGGCACUUUGAGCUCUUCUACUGGAGCCACCUCUCCUAUAUCUUUGUCUGGGCUCUGCUCUUCUUCCAUGCUCCCAACUUCUGGAAGUGGUUUUUGGUUCCCGGGGGCCUCUUUGUGCUGGAGAAGGUGGUGGGCACGGCUCUAUCUCGUGCCAUGGGGCUGCGCAUCAUGGAGGUCCACCUGCUGCCCUCCCAGGUCACCCACCUGGUGAUCCAGCGGCCGCGCUCCUUCCACUACGAGCCUGGGGACUACAUCUACCUGAACAUCCCAGCCAUUGCAGCCUAUGAAUGGCACCCGUUCAGCAUCAGCAGCGCUCCUGAGCAGCAAGACACCAUCUGGCUGCACAUCCGCUCUCUGGGGCAGUGGACCACGCGGCUCUAUGAGUUCUUUAGGCAGCCUGAGCCCCUGCAGCUCCACAGGAACCUGGAAAGGAAGGGCUGGUGGCAGUGGGUUCAGGCCACUCCCUGCACUAAUUCAGGCACAUCAGGGGGUUCUGUGCCCAGCAUUGGGGAUGCAGCCAUUGAACUGACAUCGUACCGAUGCAGUGGGGCACCAACCACCACCCAUGGGACCGAGGAUGGGGACAGGGGCUGGGACACAUCCCUGAAGGUGGUUUCUGUGGGGCUGGGUGAGGGCCAGCAGCUCUGCAGCAUCAAGUGCUACAUUGAUGGCCCCUAUGGGACCCCAACACGCCGGAUCUUCACCUCAGAGCAUGCUGUGCUCAUUGGAGCUGGCAUCGGCAUCACCCCCUUUGCCUCCAUCCUGCAGAGCAUCAUGUACAGGUACCAGCAGAGGAAGCAGAGCUGUCCUGGCUGUGAGACCCUGCGGGAUGAGGACAUGGCGCUCAGAAAGGUUGACUUCAUCUGGAUCAACCGGGACCAGCAGCACUUCGAGUGGUUCCUUGAACUGCUGGCUGCUCUGGAGCUGCAGCAGGAGGAGCAGGAGCCGGGAGGGCGCUUCCUGGAGCUGCACCUGUACAUGACAUCAGCGCUGGGCAGGAGUGAUGUGAAGGCAGUGGGGCUGCAGCUGGCCCUGGACCUGCUGGCUGCCAAGGAGCACAAGGACUCCAUCACCGGGCUGCGCACCCGCACACAGCCCGGCCACCCCGACUGGAGCCAGGUGCUGGGCAGGGUGGCUGAGGAGAGGAAGGGGAAGGUGAAUGUGUUCUUCUGUGGCUCACCAGCGUUGGCCAAAGUGGUCAGAGUGCACUGCGAGCGCUUCGGCUUCCGCUUCUUCAAGGAGAACUUCUAAAGGCCGUCACCAUCCUCACUGCAGGGUGACCAUGUCCAACCUGCUGGGAAGGGGCUGGUGGCAGUGCUGGGAUGUGUGGCAUCUCCUGUGCCACCUCUGUGUGCCCCUGUCCUGCAGUACAGUGUCACAAUGGGGAGAUGGGGUGGGGGUGACAUGGAUGGGGGGGAAGAGAUGGGGUCCUGCAGCUCUCUGCGUGUCUCUGUAGGGGUUUUUUGGGGUACGGAGCAUUUGGAGAUGGGACAGGGGAGGUGGGUGUCCCGGAACAUCCUUAUAGGGUUUUUUGGGGGUAAGAAGUGGUUUUUCAGAGCAUUUGGGGACGGCCGGAGGUGCUGCUGGCGGGGCGGCGGGUGGAGGAGCGGUGCCACAUGAGGGCACUGCAGCCCCGGUAACGGGAACGGACAUCUAUCGGGUCCGGGCUGCGAGGAGCUGGGAAACGUGGGGAGGGAGGAACCCGGCUCUGCUGCUUCUUUGGCAGCUGUGCUUAGGAGUGGAUUUGAUGGGCAGGGGAUGGAGCUGCCAGCAUCCUUUGGGGUGUGCGUGGCUCUGCUGGCCGGGGGACAUGGGGUUCCACACUGUUGGCCAUGCACACCCCACAACUGAUGCUUGCAAGCGAUGCUGAGCCCAUAGUUUGGGAUGUUCCUCAAAUCCAGAGCCCAGAAUGUGUACCAGAAAAGCAACAGGAGGCUCCGGGUGGGGCUGGAGGUGGGUUAAUCGCAUUGCUCUGAUUAAUGCCUUCCCUUGGCUGCCUUCAUUACAACCAUUACGCUCCGGCCGUAGCGUAGCAACCACUAAUUGUUGGUUGGAUGCAAAGAAAUGCAUCAUUCCCCAGAUUCAAUUCUUUUAUUGAGAUGUCAUUGCCUUCAUCUCGCAGCAGCGGAUGCUCCGGAGACGCUGAGGCGCCGGCUCCAUUGCAGGCAAUGGGGGAUGUCCAUUGGGCUCUGCCUUGGAGCAGGGAACUGGAUUUCUCAGCAGCCACGGCAUUCCAUCACCAAGCAGCCCCUUGUACAUAGAUAUUAUUCACUUAAGUAAUCAAUCACUGCCAACAAAUUACAGGAUACGGGGAAUGAAAUUAGCAAAAUGAGCGAUGGAUGCGAAAUUCAUUUGAAAUUCAAUUUAGGAGCAACAUUAGCUUUCAAUUAGUCUGCCCAACUGUUUGAGCAUCGUUUUGUCUAUCAGAUUUUUGUAUCAACGCAAUUAACCUUUGCUGUUAAAUUGUUGUUGAUUUCAUCGAUGUAAUUAUGAUGCAGCUCCUAAUCUUUGGCUCGGAUGGCAUCUCGUUAGAUGGUGGCUUCUAAUUAGUGCAACCAGGGCCAGUGGUCAUUUAUGGGUGCACUGUUUCAUUUCCUGGUGGGGCGGGGAUGGGGACGUGUUGUGGGUCAGGGUGUCACACAGCUGCACAGGGGCUGCAGCCUUCAUCCCUGGGCACAGCCAAGGUAUAGGCAAAGCCAAGGCAUGGGCAUAGCCAAGGUAUGGGCAUGAGGAAGCAGAGGCUCAAAGCACAGGGAGAAGGUUUGUUUGGGGGCUGGGGCAGCUGCUUCCUGGUGGUUGGGCAUCUCUGGGGUGCAGCUGGAGGGGCUGGUAGCAGCGUGAUCCCAGUCACUUGCACUGGGAGGUGGUGGUUGUAAGUGAUGCUGGUGGUGAUGCUGAUGACGAGGAUGGUGUUGGUGAUGAUGAUGUUGGCAGUGCUGGAAGGGCGUUGUUGCUUUCUGUGCUUUCUCUUGCCAUUUCCAGCUCCACAAGCAGGGCUGGGCUCUCAGCAGCACCUGUGCCUAAAUGCUGCCAUGAGAACAGGAUACCCAGGGCUUUUCUUCCUCCUUUUUCCUCCUUACGUUGAUGUAACAUCACUUUGUGCUGGGUGUGAAGCAUGUUGGGGUGACUGCUGUGUGUGUCCCCUCAGCUCAGCCCCACAAGUUCUGGGCAUGGUGCUAUGGGGCUCCCUUACAUGCAGAGGCUCCAGCAGUAGAUCCCAUCCAGCCACACCACCCCCACAUGCAGAGGGGACAUUGGACCCACAGAUGUGCCAUCACCAUAGCGAGCAUUGCUGUGCAUCCAAUGGACAGCCCAGCACCCCUCUGUCCCCAUGAAACUGAAGCAUCAUUGACUGUCACUUAAUUCCCACAAGCUAUUUUUAUCAGACACAACUUUCCCCCUUCGCCUCUCUGGAUGUUUGUGGGGUUGUAAAUGACACGAAGGUCUGAUAUAUGUGGCUAAUUCUGCUCCUAUUGAGGCCGAUGGAAAUUUGUUCCAUUGACGUCAGUGGGAGCAGGAUUGAUCUCCGUGCGUGUACCAUUUGUUCCUGAGGUUUUAAGAAUUCAUUUCCUUCCUCCAUUGCCAAAGACAGAUAGCAGCCGUGGAGGUACAGGACUCAUCUAAUAACCACAUAUUAAUACACGAAUCAUCAGCUCAGGGCUCGGCUUGGGAGAAGUCUGAGGGGGAAUAACAGCCUGAUGUGGGGCUGUCUGGAAUCAAGGAUCUCACCAGCACAGCUGCUAAUCUGCAACCAGGUCCUAAUUGCAAUGUACAUAUUUUAAUGCUGGUGUCAGGAUUGGGGUUUUUAAGCUCUGUUUCAGUGCAUUACAAUGUGCCUUUGUGUCACCAUGGGAACAAUCUUUGGGCCAAUUCCAGAGGAGCUGCAGCACCCGAGGGCUCCGUGCAGAGCAUCCCCACCAUCGGGCCAUGCAAUGCAGCAGGUCAGCAGCAGCCCUUUCCUAUGUGUCUGCUGGAGAGCAGCAGGGCUGCACACACAGAGCAAUGCAA